AGUCACUCGUCCCGACAGCCACAUCCACAGCUCUCCUCUCCCCUUCUCCUCACCUCAAGCCCUCCACUCCACUCAGCUGCAGUCCUUCUUUCCUCUGGAACCCUGAGCAAAACCAGUCCUCUCUUCCAAUCUACCCUUAUCAUGGACACCACAAAGAACAUUCUCUCCUUCUCUGAGGCACUCUAUCACCUGAUUGUCUUAAUGAUGACUCUGGGCCAAGGAACUCAUUCAAUGCCCGUCCCUACUGACAUCCCCAUGUGCACAGCUUCAGAAACCGCCCAGUACAGUUUAACAUUUACUGGCAAGUGGACCCAGGCAGCUUUUCCUAAGCAGUAUCCUCGCUACCGUCCCCCUGCACAGUGGUCAAACCUUAUUGGGGUGACCCACAGCUCUGACUACCACAUGUGGCAACGCAACGAGUUUGCCAGCAAUGGCGUGAGGGAGUUUGCAGAGAAAGGCGAGGCUUGGACGCUUGUGAAGGAAGUCGAGACGGCCGGUGAACGCAUUCAGAGCGUUUAUGGGAUCCUCUCCGCUCCUGCUGUCAUGGGCGGCACAGGCCAGAUGAGCACUGAGUUUGAGGUCUUUGCUAGGCACUCCUAUCUGUCAUUUAUUGUGCGUAUUGUCCCAAGCCCGGACUGGUUUGUGGGUGUGGACAGUCUUGACCUGUGUGAUGGCGACCACUGGAAAGAAAAUGUGUCACUGGACCUUUUCCCAUAUGACGCAGGAACUGACAGCGGGUUCACCUUUUCAUCUCCCAACUUUGAGACCAUCCCGCAGGAUAAAAUCACACAGAUCACCUCCUCCUUCCCUAGCCACCCGGCCAAUUCCUUCUUCUACCCCCGCCUGAAGCACCUACCACCCAUUGCCAAGGUCACACUGACCAAAAUAAAGAAGACCAAUCAGAUCAUCAGCCUGCCCGUGGAGCCCACUCAAUCCAACCAGCUGCCAACAGGAAAUGAGAUUGAAGACAAGCUGAUAAAUACCCCUCUGGACUGUGAGGUAUCAGUGUGGUCUCCCUGGGGCUUGUGCAAGGGCAAAUGUGGAGAGUCAGGCAUGCAGCACCGCACACGCUACAUCAUAAUGCACCCAGCCAACAACGGAGCAGUCUGCCCCCUACUGGAGGAAGACAGGAAGUGCUUCCCAGACAACUGUUUAUGACUAGUUCAGGAAAGGAGGGACAAGAAAGAGAGGAAGGAGAGAAGAAAGAAGAAGGAGAGGAAAGCCAGGAAGGGGAGGAAAGGACGAAGACGGAACAACAACAGCAAAAGGGCCGCGAUUUAUUCACAUGAAGCAUAACCAUGAUAAACCAGUUUCCAUCUGUUCUCCCUGUCCAAACUCUUUCUGUGGAAAUGGCUAAUAUACAUAUGACCUGACCGCUCAAUUUGGUGCGCCUACAGAAAAAAACACCAAAAAAACUCCUCAUCUUCCAUUCUUAUUGAUGGCUCUGACAGCAUAGAAGAGGUGUAGUUUGGCAGAAUAGCUAUUAGACACCAAUUCAGUUUUGGCAGAUUAUCAAAAUUGUCUGGGGAGAGACCAACGCUGUUUUAUAAUUAGAAAAUGAACAGAAAACACAUGUUGGCCCUGUAAUUGGGAUGGUUUGAUAGUUCUGAAGCUCAAAAGUUAUAUGAAUUUCUUUAUUUAGAAAUAAAUCCAUAUAACUUAUACUUAAAAUCCAAAAGCGUCCAAAUUAAAUCAAACUAGGAAAAGGGGGUCAAUAGUCCCAUUAGCAGAAGUAAUACCAUCAGAAAAGUGACAUAUAUAGUUUCCUAAAUUCAAAACUUAAUAUUUAUAGAAACAUUGUUUUUUUUCCUAAUGAAAAUGGAUAUAUUUAUUGACAGGAUUUUAACCUGUAGUGUACAGUAUAUGAAAUCUGAAAUAAUUUGUAUUCCUUUACGUUAC